AACGCCCUGACUGGCAACACAGACAGGAUAGCCAACCUCCGGUCACCCCGCUGAUCCAAUGAGCAGCGGCCAGAGCCUCGACCUGCCGGACCAAUAGGAAUGAAGACUGAAGCGCCGCGGUUUUCCCCCGUCGCGACACUAUAAAAGCACGGUGCGCGUCACCAGCGUCCCCUUUUUUUACUAAUCGAAAACUCUCUCUGUCGCGUGUCCUAGACAAAAACCUGUAAUUUAAAAUCCAUUAAAAGAAAUGGUAAUAUUUUAUACUGUUUUAUUUAAACAAUUGAGUUCAGGCUCAAACAUUUUGGCGACCGUGACAGGACACGUGCGGAGAGAGGAACUCUAAAUUUUUAUAGCCACCUCAAGACAACGGCCAUCUUGGCGGAACGGGUUGGGCCUGGAGCAGAAGAAGACGUCGCAAGCCAGAAAAGGGACAUCGCCGCCAGCCGAAUAUCAAGUUCCCGAAGUCUCCUGGGGGACAGCUGCGGCGAACAAAGAAAAACCUGACGAGCGUCGAAGGCGCGGCACCCGGCGGCAGCGUGUGGCGGCUGGCGAGUUUUUAAGGAAAGUGCCGUGAGAAGUGCCCAUACCCACCUAAUUCUGUUUCCCCCAAUUUCUUAAUUAGCCCUAGUCUUUUUUCCAAUUUAAAUUCAUUUUCCAAUUUACAAACCUUAAAUUUAAAUUCAUUCCAACCCAACUUAGCUAACAUCAAUUUAUAUAUCUACCUACUUACUCAACUUUGAACUCGUAAACAACUUAACCUCUAUUUGACCUUUACCCGUACUGACUUGACAACCUUACUUUAAAUUCAAAUUUCACUAGUUCCCCAUCAAUCUAAAAUUAGGAGAGAGCUCGCUGCGUAUUAUUGCCUUCAUUUGUGUUUUAGUUUCAGAACGCAUCUGCAAAUUGUCAGUGUGACGUUAACCUCAAAAGCCACGCUGGCACAUAAACGUUGCUAUAGCAUAGCUUAACGCAUACUGCAUUUCGAGUUUUUUCUGCUUAAAACAGUAAAGUGCAUUGUUCUUUCCAUACUUUUAAUUUAAAAAUUGAGUUUCGUUUAAAGUUUAAUAGAAAUUGCAUAUGCCAUCCUUAUUUUGUGAUAAAAACGUAAGGUGAUAAAUUCAUUUGCAAUCAAAGGCACUGCUUUCUUUAAAAAGGUGAAUUUAAACUCAACUGUAUCUAUUUCUUUCUAAUUACGCUGACGCAAAGUGGUUCUGUUCUAACAUCGCGCCUGCUUGCAUCUUGGUUUGUGUUCGCUUAUGCACAGUUUCGUUUGCACAAUUUCAGUGGAUUCCGUGGACAACCGUCGCAGUGCGUGUCGCGUGCCACAUCUGUAGUGCCACGCCCAUACCUGCCACCACGUGGCAAGUUGUCCAAGGACUGCUGCCGCAACACACCUCGGCCUAGCUGUUGAAGUUUAAAAGGCGCGUAAGCUGUUUUCACAUUUUUAUUUCUAACGUGGAUAACUUUAAACUUGACAUUUUAUUUUUAAAAUUGUAUUUGACUUGUUUGCUAGCCCAGUUAAAAACAUAAUUCAACAUGGCUGAGGUAGCUAAAAGGGAGGCUCUUCUAGCAGAAUUGCGUACUAAACGCGGAUCGAUUAAAGGUCAAGUUUCCAAAUUCCGCAUUUACUUAGACAAAAUUUCAGAUGAUGAAGUGUUAUCAGGUGUUAAAUUCAAUGAGCUGACCUUAAGAUUAAACAAAGUUAUAGAGUUAUCCACGCGACUUGACGAGCUGCAAACUUCAAUCGAAGUUGCUAAUUUUGAAAAUUUAGACACUGAACUUGCAGAACGGGACAACAAUGAAACCCAUAUCAAUAAUGCUAUAGCUGCAGCUCAGUGUAUUCUUGAACGCUCUCAAGCUCAAAAACCCUCUCCAGAGACUUCUGUCAGAACAUGUUCAUCGAACGGCUGUCAUUCUGAGCAUCUCGGCUUCAAGCUUCCUCAAAUUAAAAUCUCUAAAUUUGAUGGUUCAUAUUAUAAGUGGAUGGAAUUUAAGGACCUUUAUGAAUCUUUAAUUCACAAUAAUGAUCACAUUAAACCUAUUCAUAAAUUCCAUUAUCUGAGCUCUUAUCUUGAAGGGGAUGCGGCCAGAGUGAUAGCAAACUUAGAAGUCUCCGCUAACAAUUAUACUGAAGCCUGGAAAAUUUUGUGUGACAGGUUCAGUAAUAAAAGACAGCUGAUUACUAACCAUUUAAAUUCUCUAUUUAAUUUAGAACCUAUACAGCGAGAAUCGGAUAAGGCCUUAAGGUUCCUUAAUGAUCAUGUAGUUAAAAAUCUCCGGGCCCUAAAGACAUUAGGUCAACCGACAGAGCAUUGGGAUACAAUUUUAGUUCACCUAUUGACGGCUAAGUUAGACGUCAAUACUAAUGCAAAAUGGGAAGAACAUAGGAACACUCUCAAAGAGUGGCCAUCACUCGAUGACUUUAGGGGAUUUCUUAGUAAUCGUGCAGACAUCUUAGAAAAUCUGUAUCGCUCUAGGAGAGAAAAACAAUCUAACCACAAGCCAGAGCCUGUGGCCAAUAAAACUUCAUUUAAACAUGAUAAAAACAUAAAAACAUUCGUGAUUUCAGAGAAACAAGAUGACCACAAGGGUCGGCCGUGCAUCGUGUGCCAUGGUGAUCACAGAGUGUACGACUGCCCAGCCUUUAAAAGGAUGUCAGUCGACGAGCGCUGGUCGCAGGCGUCACGUCUAAAGCUGUGCCAUGUCUGCCUCCGACCGGACCAUGAGACCCGUCAGUGCAAGCUGAACGGUUGCCGGGUAUGUAAGAGACGUCACAAUACAUACUUACACACCACACAAACACUCAACACUUCUCCACAUGGAGCCAGCACGGAACAAACAGCCGAACCUGCAAAUAGUGCUAGGUCGGAUGUGGCUUGCUCCUCGACUAUGCUAACCUCUGACAGUGCAGCGGUGCAAAACACCCUCACUGCUAGCACUUUAAUUAGCACUAGCGAGUCAUUGCUCUCAACAGCUCUAAUUGAAGUGAUCAACCCUAUUAACAAUAAAAGGGAGACAGUUAAAUGUCUUGUAGACAGUUGUUCACAGUCUAAUUAUCUAUCUCAUAAUUUGAGACAAAAACUAAAUCUUGAUUGUCAGCCUCUAACUGCCUCAAAUGUGACAGGAAUAGGAAAUACGCCUCUGACCUAUCAACCUGUACUUUGUGCAGCUCAUAUUCAAUCUAAACUCAGUGAUUUUAAUGCCAAAAUUGACUUUCUAGUUUUAGAUCAAGUAACUAGUCACUUUCCACAAAACUAUGUAGACAUUAGUCACCUUAACUUACCUGCCUCUGUGCAGCUUGCUGACCCAACAUUUAACGUUCCAUCCCAAAUAGAUAUGCUGUUGGGAGUGGAAAUGUUUUGGACUAUUGUGACAGGUGCUGCAAAAAGAUUGCCAACGAGCAAGCGCACCUUCCUAAUCCCAUCUAAACUAGGGUGGUUAAUAGCGGGACCGGUAGAGGGAGCCUCGGCUCAUUUACAUACAGGGAACACGCGCAGCCACCUCUGUCUCUCUGAUCUGUCGGCCCAAAUGACCAAAUUUUGGGAAACAGAGGAGCUACCGUCUGAAACGGACUCCAUCAAAAAUGGGAGUGAGUUCGAGUCUCACCCUAUAAACCAACACUUUGUUGAAAACACUUACCGCCAAUCUGACGGCAGAUUCGUUGUGCGCUUGCCUUUAAAGGACUCGCCGGACUGCUUAGGCAACUCAUUUAACAUAGCUAAAAAGCGUUUAUUCAGUUUAGAGAAACGUUUUAGUAACCAACCUGAAUUAAAAUCAAUGUAUGUUGAUUUCAUAAAUGAAUAUAGAGACUUAGGGCAUCUGUCGGAGUCUGAGCGAUGUUACAAAGCUAAUCACCUCCCGCAUCACCCCGUGAUGAAGGAGAGUGAAUCUACACGCAUGCGCACAGUCUUUCACGCUAGCUGUCCCACCUCUUCUGGGUAUUCAAUAAAUGAUAUUCAGCUUGUAGGCCCUAACAUACAAAGCCCACUGUUUGACAUAUUGCUUAGAUUCCGACAGUACAAGUAUGUGCUAUCUGGUGACAUAGAAAAACAGUACAGGCAAAUAAUGAUGAAUGAAAUAGAUAGAAACCUACAAGUUAUUCUAUGGCGCGAAGAUGAGCACUUACCCAUACGCUCACUAACUUUAAAUACCGUUACGUACGGCUUUGCUUCAUCGAGCUGGCUAGCAGCACGCUGUUUGUGGCAGUUAGGGGCUGAAAGCAAGGAUCCUUUAGUUAGGACUAUUAUACAAAAUGACUUUUACUGUGAUGACUUAUUAACAGGCGCAGACUCUGAAAUAGAGCUGCUUCGUAUACAAGCAGGUGUCUCACAGGCCUUAGCCUCUGGUUGUUUCAAUUUACGUAAAUACCGCUCGAAUUCUAACGCGCUAUUAAAGUCGGAUUAUAUUAAUAAAGAUGAUCACUUAGCAUUGAGUCAAGCUUGCCAAACACUUGGACUAGGGUGGCAACCUAGCCAAGAUGUACUAAACUUUUCCAUUAAAAAUGAUCAUUCUGAUAAAAUAGUUACAAAAAGAAAAAUCUUAUCUGAAACGUUCCAAGUCUUUGAUCCAUUAGGACUCUUAAGUCUAUGCACAGUUAAAGCUAAAAUAUUAAGCCCCGUGGGCCUAAAUUAACUGGUGCACUUUCAGCACAGGAGCUUACAGACGCAUUUCACACUUUAAUUAAACUUGCACAGCAGGAGUCAUUCUCUGCAGAGCUUGAAACGCUUCGCAAGGAUCACAGGUUGAGUCCCAAGUCACACAUACUAACCCUGGCCCCGUUCAUCGACUCUCAAGGCCUCUUGAGAGUAGGCGGGAGGCUGGAUGCUUCAGAUUGUACUUACGAUCAGAAGCAUCCAAUGUUGUUACGUGCUAAACACACACUAACUAAACUCAUCUUUACACAUGAACAUGUACGUCUCUUACAUGCCGGGCCACAGUCAUUGCUAGCCUCAGUACGAGACGAGAUAUGGCCGAUCGGAGGCAGGAAUUUGGCACGAAGCACGGCCCACAAUUGUGUCACCUGUAAACGUAUCGCUGGCCAAACUUUAAAAAAUAUAAUGGGAAAUUUACCAGCGCAACGAAUUAAGGCUGAUUUUCCAUUCACGUCAACAGCUGUAGACAUGGCAGGGCCCUAUUUAAUAACAGAUCGCCGGGGGCGUGGAUGCAAAAUCACCAAAUGUUACUUGUGUCUGUUUAUAUGCUUAAGAUAUAAAUGUGUUCAUAUAGAAGCUGUGAGCGACUUAUCUAAAGAUGCAUUUGAGCUAGCUCUCCGCAGGUUUAUCGCUAGGCGCGGCAGACCUGCGGAAUUGUUUUGCGAUAAUGGUAGAAACUUUGUAGCUGCAGCUAAAGAAAUUAAUGAUUUUUUUAAGUUAUAUAAAAGUGACUUGUCUGAAUUUGCAGCUGGUCAAGGAAUUAAAUUUAAAUUCGCACCAGCUUACGCGCCAAAUUUCAACGGAUACGUCGAGGCCGGUAUAAGGAGCGCCAAAUUUCAUCUUAAAAGAGUUUUGGGUAACACCCAUCUCACCUUUGAAGAAAUUGCAUCCCUUUUUUGCCAAGUGGAGGCAAUAUUAAACAGUAGGCCUCUCUGUCCACUCUCUCCCUCCCCCUUAGACUUUACACCCCUUACUCCCGGGCACUUUCUCAUUUUUAGGCCGCUCACGUCGCUGCCGGGCCCGCCGCUCGACGACCGCAACCCGCACCGCCUGGACCGCUACCUGAGGCUGGAGCAGCUACGGCAACACUUCUGGAAGCGCUGGUCGGCCGAGUACGUGUCUCUACAACAGCAACGCUACAAAUGGCGCGAGAGGCAACGUGACCUACAACUGGGAGAAGUAGUACUCAUCAAGGAGGAGGGCUUACCGCCGUUGCUCUGGCGCAUGGGCAGAGUCGUCAAACUAUACCACGGGAAGGAUGGCGUACCUCGCGUGGCAGACAUCAAUACCGCUAGAGGGGUGAUCAAGCGUGCGCUGAACAGAAUAUGCCCGCUCUCGUCACAACAAGAAUCCUGAAAGAGAGUCUUUCAGCGCCCCGGAGUAUGUUAACGCCCUGACUGGCAACACAGACAGGAUAGCCAACCUCCGGUCACCCCGCUGAUCCAAUGAGCAGCGGCCAGAGCCUCGACCUGCCGGACCAAUAGGAAUGAAGACUGAAGCGCCGCGGUUUUCCCCCGUCGCGACACUAUAAAAGCACGGUGCGCGUCACCAGCGUCCCCUUUUUUUACUAAUCGAAAACUCUCUCUGUCGCGUGUCCUAGACAAAAACCUGUAAUUUAAAAUCCAUUAAAAGAAAUGGUAAUAUUU